AGUAGAUAUAUAAAUAAUCUCUUUACCUAUCCCAUACCAUGCAAUUUUUCAACAAAACGUUGGACAAAGUUAGCUCCUCAGCUAGAUAAAUUACCCCUAAACUUAAAUUCCCAAUAUUCUCAUCUUACCAUGUGGCUUCUUUUAAGGUAAAGGAUUCAGCCAUACAAUCUCUAAUUUCUACUAUGAACUCCUAGAUUUAUUUAACGCGUACUAGUUUUUCAGGGAGCUAAACAAGUUAAAAUAACAAGACGGGGGAAAAAACAUAUAAAAGGAAGAGAUAGAGAAAAGCAGAACCAUUUAAAAUUAGGAGGAAAGUAAUCCAACAAGCUAGCCUAAUAUGACGGAUAUCUGUUCAAUUAUCCACAUUUCUAUAUAGCAGAUCCAACUUACCUUCGUGUCUAACAAUCUGAACAAAACUAACACUAAUUGUUUCACCAAAAUUCUUCCCAUGCUUUCCAUUUUCACCGAACUUACCUCAUUUGCUUCUUCAAUCAAUAGUUUGUGUAACAAAAAUGGUAAAACGAAAAGUUUCAGCUUCGGCUGGAUUAGUCCAAGGUCGUUAUCGUCAAGAAGUAUUUAUAUGUCAAUUUUCUGAUAUGAUAAGUUCCAAGGGAUGUAUAUGGUCUGGUGGUGACCCCUUUUCUUUUAGUUUGCCACUAGUAUUAGCCCAAUUGAUUUUCAUUUUCUUUGUUACAAGAAUUACUUUUGCCCUCAUAAGACCUCUUAAACAAAGUAUGGUCAGUGCACAACUUAUUGCUGGUAUUUUCUUGGGGCGAUCAGGCUUAGGUCGUAACCGCGAUUUUUCAACCAUGAUUUUUCGACCAGGAGGCAGGAUGGUACUACAAACAAUUGCAGAUCUCGGUUUCAUGUUUCAUGUUUUUGUUCUUGGAGUUCAUGUUGAUCCAACAAUGGUGAGAAGAGCGGGAAGAAACGCGAUGCUAAUUGGCGCUUCCUGUUUUGCUCUGCCUUUUGCACUCGGCGGAUUAGCCAGUUAUACAUUACCUCAAUUGGCUAUCAUUGAUGACGCGACAGCGCAUUUCCUGCCUUUCAUAGCCGUACUUAACUCUGCUUCAUUCUUUCCGGUAAUCACUAGCCUUCUUGGUGACCUUAAGAUUCUAAAUUCUGAAAUUGGUAGAAUAGCCACAUUGGCCUCCUUGGUUAAUGAUGCUUGUAUAUAUGUCGUUUCCAUACUUGUAACGACAGUAAAUGCGUCAACAAGUUAUAACAAGUGGAACGGAGCGUUGUCUAUCGCAUGGAUAGGCACGUUCCUGAUAGUAAUCAUAUUUGUUGUUAGGCCGUUUGUGAAACAUGUUGCUAGGACUAUACCUGAAAGAGGGGCUAUGAGGGAAAGCCAAUUUCUAAUAAUAGCUGUGUUAGCUUUGAUCUGUGGAUUUGUCACGGAGUCUCUUGGACAACCUGCUGCUCUUGGUACUUUUGUUUUGGGCAUGGUGGUGCCACAGGGACCGCCUUUGGGCUCGUCUUUGGUUUACAGGAUCGAUACUUUAUGCACUGGAUUGUUGCUUCCUGCUAAGUUUGCUAUCAGUGGUUUGACAUUGGACAUAUUUGCCCUAGGAAAAGGAAAGAGUCUUUUAGGCGUCGAACUAGUGAUCUUAUUAGGAUAUUUUGGUAAGUUUGCUGGCACUCUUGUUCCAGCAGUUCAUUUCGGGGUUUCCUUCCGAGAUGCAGUCCCUCUUGCUCUCAUCAUGUGUAGCAAAGGAAUUAUUGAGGCGUCCCUGUAUAUCGGCUUCAAGGAUACCGGAGUAAUAACAAAUGAAGCAUAUGCGCUUUUGUUAAUCACAAUGCUGGUCCUAACAGGAAUUAUGAGACCUUUAAUUUGGUACCUCUAUGAUCCAUCAAGAAGGUACUUAGGCUACAGAACAAAUAGCAUACAACAUUUGGAUCCGACCAGUGAGCUUCGGAUACAAGUAUGUAUUCACAACGAAGAUAAUGUCCCGAGCAUAGUCAAUCUUCUCGAAGCCUCCAAUGCCUCCAGAAGGAGACCGAUUGCAGUGUUUGUUCUUAAUCUAAUGGAGCUCAAAGGCAGCGCGGCCGCUUUACUGGUGCCAACUCAUAAUAGAAAGGGGAAAGCGAAACUCAAGUCUCUGCCAAGCAGAACAGAACAUAUAUCGAACGCAUUCAACAUUCUCGCGCAUAGAAAUCAAGGCUCUAUGGCCGUACAACACUUCACAUCAAUCGUUCCGUAUGCCACUAUGCACGAUGACAUAUGUACAGUCGCGGUGGAUAAAGGUGUCAAUAUUGUGAUCAUCCCGUUCCACAAGCAGUGGGCUAUUGAUGGAACAGUAGGAGCCAAUUUCCCUGCAAUUAGGAUGGUGAACCAACAGGUAAUCCAUAAAGCGCCUUGCUCAGUUGGGAUCCUAGUUGAUCGAGGUCAAUUAGCAGAUAACCAACAAAUCUUGUUUGGUCAUUCUUUUUUCCGCGUCACAAUGCUUUACCUUGGCGGUCCUGAUGAUGAUGAGGCGCUGGCCUAUUGCUGCAGGAUGCUAGGGCAUCCCCACAUAAGCGUGAAUCUCGUCUGGCUCAGACAUUCGAGUGACAAGUUGGACAAGAGUAUGGAUUCGGAUAUGAUGCAUUGGUUCAAGAGUAAUAAUAUGGAUGCAGGGAGGGUUAGUUACAAAGAAGAAAUGGUGAGUGAUGCAGUGGGGACGACUCAGGUUCUUCGUUCACUCGAGGACAAUUGUGAUCUUUGUAUAGUUGGUAGAGAUCACGAACACUACUCCGAGUUAACACUAGGGAUUAACGAAUGGAUCGAGUGUCCUGAACUAGGAUUUAUUGGUGACAUGUUAGCGACUUCGGAUUAUAGUUUUUCAUUGCUGGUUGUGCAACAAAUACCACCAGGGACUGAGUUUAUAAACAUCCAGGCCCUGAAGCCUGUUUCUAGCAGUUUUUAUUCGGCUUCAGGAAAAUAUAGUCAGCAUUCUGGUGUUGGCUCAUUUGGCUAGCAGUUGUAUUAGUUGUCUUCUUUGAUCAAUGCCAAAAAUGUAGAAAAUAGGUUGAUGGAUAGACAAAUAGAAAAGAAUGCUCCUUCUCUGCAAUAUAAAAAAGGAACAGCUCGGUGCAUGAAACAUACUGCAUUCACGCAGGUUCAGGGAAAUGUCGCACUCCAAGCAGAGGCGGAUCUAGAAUUUGAUGGUGGCGGGUGCCACAAUUUUCUUCAAUAUACAUCUUAUUAGGAACGUGUAUUUGCGUCGGGUCGAUCUCUUUUUAGUUUAUUCGGGUCAACUUAAUAGGUUUUUUUUUAUUUGCAAAUAUGAAAAUUACAUCUCAAAAAUCAAGAAACGAACAUAAUUAGCAUCUUAAACAAGGAAUCACACCCAUUAACAACAGAAGUAAAGUUAACAUUUUCAUCAAGAGACUUGCAUCUCUUAUGUAUAUGAAAAAAUGAAUUUGCAUAAGUAAAAUAACAUCUU